UAUGAAGUUUAGAGUUAAAUACGAUUUAUUAAAAUCGUAUAGCUUUAGAACUCAGAGUUUUGUUGUCUAAUUUGUUUUAAUGAUUCAGUAGUUCAGGUUAUAUUUUUGCUCUAAUCACAGCUGUGAUUGUUUUAUUUCUUGUUGGAAGACAUAAUGAUUUCACAAUGAAGUGUCACUACGAAGUUUUGGGUGUGGAGAGGGAUGCGAGCAGCUCGGAAAUUAAAAAAGCGUAUCGCCGUAUGGCGUUACAAUGGCACCCAGACAAGAACUUGGAUAAUUUACAGGAGGCUAAAGACCAGUUUCAGCUGGUACAAAACGCGUAUGAAGUGUUAUCUGACCCACAGGAACGAGCUUGGUAUGACAAUCACAGAGAGCAGCUGCUAAGAGGAGCUGGCAAGUCAUACAACGAUGACAGUCUUGACGUGUAUCCGUACUUCACUCCGUCAUGCUUUAGAGGCUUCGGUGAUGAUCCCCAAGGUUUCUAUGGAGUUUAUUCUGAAGUAUUCUCUAAAUUAGCAGCAGAAGAAACUGACUUCCUCGACGACCCUGAGGAUGUAGAGAAGAUCCCUAAGUUUGGUAACUCUUCUACUCCAUAUGAAGAAGUUAAUGAGUUCUAUGCUUAUUGGAUGUCAUUCUCUACUAAUAAGAGCUAUGUGUGGCUGGAUGUACACGAAAUCCAGCAGCGCGACAACCGCAGAAUAAUUAAAUUAAUGGAGAAAGAGAACAACAAGAUUAGACAGAAAGCCCGCAAAGAGAGAAAUGAAGAGAUAAGGAGACUGGUUAGCUUCGUAAGAAGGAAGGAUAGAAGAGUCAUUGAGCAUACGAAGUUACUACAAGAGAAAGCUGAGGAGAACAGGAAAAAGGCAGAGCAUUUGAGAAGAGAAAGGAUACUUCAAAGACAGAAGGAAAUAGAAGAAGCAAAGAAAAAGGAAGGCGAAAGUUCCAUCCUGCAAAGCGCUGAGUAUCAAAAGAAACUUAGCGAGAUUGAAUCUCUGUUAGCUGAGGAGUUUGGGCUAUCUUCUGAUGACGACACUAUCAGCGAAGGAGGCAUGGAGAGCAGUAAUGAAGAGAGUUCUAAGACUGAGGAGGCAAGUGAAGCAUCAAAAGCAACAGCAAAGUCUACAACGAAGACAAAAGCAGCUAUUAGAAACCUAUAUUGUUCAGCAUGUAACAAAUUAUUUAAAAAUAUUAAGUCAUUUGAAAAUCAUGAAAAUAGUAAGAAACAUAAGGAGAAUGUAGCUAGUAUGACAAUGGAGGAUGACAUAGAUAUAUCGGAGAAUGACAAUGUUCAUGAGCCUAUGGUAGCUCCAGUUGACAAUCUGCAUGAUGAAAGCAAAGUGAAUGGUCAAACAGACCCGGAACAUGAAGAAAACUUAACAUCAGAUAUUGAAGACAAUGAUAUUAGAGAGACUUUGAGUGAUGAUUCUGAUAAGGUAAAGGCACUGCCCAAGAGCCAAAAAAAGAAGAAAAAUAAGAAGAAGUCCUUUAUCGCUAUGCCAGAGAGUGAAGGCAAUGAUAGCCAUGAUGAAAUGAGUUUCAAUGAAAUUGAAGGCCCAUCUCGUAGUAGAAAAGCUAAGAAGUUCAACAUGCUCAAAAGUCAAAUACAAGCUAAGAAAGAGGCAAGUCUUAAAAAAGGAUCUCAAUCACAGACUUCUACAGAGAAUUUAUGUGAGGUGUCAAGUACUACACCCACGGAUGAUGCUUUAGGAGAUGCUGCUUUACCUAAAGAUAAGCCUUCUUUGCCAAAAGUCCAAAGGCUUGGUAAGCCUAAGAAACCAGUAGAGAGAAAACCGGCCAGAGUUAGGACGACAGAAACUGAAGAUUCAAGCACAACAUUAAAUCUAAGGUGUGCAGUUUGUCAAGCAGAAUUCUCAUCAAAGAAUAAAUUAUUUGAGCACUUGAAAACAACAGGCCACUCAGUGCCUCUACCGCAAACUAGUUAUUCUCAAUCAAAGAAAGGGAAGAAAGGAAAUAGGUAAACUGUGCUGUGAAAUUAGAUAGGAUGGAAGGUAUGAAAUUAAUCAAUGAAAAUCAAGAUUUUGAUUUUCUUGAAAUCUAAAAUUGACUUAUCAAUCUAUUUAUUGAAAUUAUGAUGAUUGUCAUAAUUAAAAAUUAUGCCUAAUUAAAUCAAUGUUCUCCUUUAAUUUUUCCCUUAAAUUUAUUAAAAACCCGUGUUAUUUAAGGUAGAAAUAUAUUUAUUAGUUAAUAUGUAAAACACAAUCACAUUGAAAUAAAGGAAUUGCACUUCAUGGCAUUCAUAAAUUUUAGUUCAUAGUUAACAAAUUUCCUGCAUGCAUCCUUAUUUACUGAAUUCCUGAUGAAACCCAACAUGCAUUUUCCACUAAGCGGCUGGACUUAUUUGUUCAAAUAAGUCAUUAUACCAUACCCCUUGGUGCAAAACAGAGUCGCGCGUGGCUAGUCACUUAGUAGAAAAUGGCACUAACCCUUAAGAGCA